GGAUUAUCCUGACGUGCCAGCAUCAAAUAGAAACGAAACUGGCUGGUACUGGUUUGGAGGUAUAGUUGGAAAGGAUAGUGAUCCAAAAGUUGCUAUGGACGAGGCCUUGGAAAAAUUAAGCAGUAGAUCUAGUCAGAAAGGAAAGAAUCGAGAUGACUGAUAUCGUAGGAGUGACACUGUACAUAAAAGACAUGUCCAACUACUUGCCGAUAAACGAGGCUUACGUAUCUAGGCUGGGUAAAGUAAAUCCUCCAGUGCGUGUCUGCAUCGAAUGUCCUUUAAACGUGCACGUCAUCCUUGACGCUUUAGCGUACAAGGAAAAGAGUGAUAUGACUGAUAAGAAAGUUCAUAAGAGACACACGAUGCACGUGCAAAGUAUAAGUCACUGGGCACCCGCGAAUAUCGGUCCUUACUCUCAGGCAGUUCGUGUGGGGGACAUAAUUGCUGUGGCGGGACAGAUACCUCUUGUACCUGGUAGUAUGACCAUCUUGGAUUUAAAUAUCAAAAGGCAAUGCCGUUUAACCUUAAGGCACAUUAAUCGAAUCGUGAAGGCGAUGGACUCGAAUACACAGCUCAGGGAUAUCGUACAAGGCAUCUGCUUCCUGACUCAUCCAAGUUACAUACCAGAAGCACGUAAGGAAUGGGAGAAGCGCACGAAUAAUGCGAUCGUGGAUUACGUGGUGGUUCCCAAUUUGCCACGUGGAGCUCAGGUCGAGUGGUGCGUUUGGGCUCACAGGGAUAACAAUAGAUUCGAAUACGAGGAGACUGGGAGGUGCGUUGGAAAUUUCAAAGUCGCUAUAAGACGAAGAUGGAACUACGAGAAUAACGUAUCCGCCAUUGUGUGUUACCUGUCAACUGGUUCCUCAAAUUCAACUGGAAACCUCGCUAUGGAAACAAGCCUGAAUUCCGAAGAGCUUACGUCAGCCGAGCUAACAGAGGCCUUCGAGUAUCUACUCUGCAAAUUGACGAAAGGCUCCCAACACACGAAUCCAACUUGCAAUUUACGAAUUUUUUACAAAGUUGGCAGCUCGCCAGGCCCUAACUUCAUCCACAGCGUAAUGUCUAGCUUCUCCGCGCGAAAUUUAGUCACGACCAUCGUACCCACGACGCAUCUUCACAACUUCAGCACCUUCCUCUCGGUGUGCGGCAUCAGGCACGAGUAGUACGCCAGGACAGAGAUUGCGAACGUUGUCAAUUACGUAUGAAAAACAAAAGCCGCGUGUCUACUGGAUGGUACGGAGGGCCAAUAAUACUCAAAUUACAUGAUUAGAGAAUAUACCAUUAUCUUAAUUGAUAAAAAGAAAUCUUAUCAGAAUGCAACUGAAAUUACAAGAUAAUGGAACAUAUUAUGUAGAAUUUUUUAACUCAUGCACAUCCUCAUCCAGAUACAUACUAGUAAGGAUAUCCUUUUGUUUCUUCACAAGCCAUAUGUAAUCAGUUUGAUCGAAUGACAUCAAACUAUAUCAAUUUAAGGUGAUAUCUUUCUCUUAAGAUUAUUUGAUCAUUAACACUCUUCAGCAGUUCAGCAGCGUUGGCCGUCCGUCCCGUUCGGUCAUAUACACUUGAUAUUGAUUUGCGAUGUAAUUAGGAAUCUUACAUUUUCGGCUAGUCAACGGGUGUGCGUGCAAUUCUGAAUUGACACACCCGUUAGUGUAAAUGCUCUAGAUAACGCGAUCCGUUAAUGUGCAAAUCUUGUAUCUUAUAACACUGUACUGUUAAUGCCUCGUUUCUGCUCAAGAUAUUUUUUAAUUUACUAAGUGCCACGUUACGCGCGGAGUGUUAUACAAAAGAUUAAAAAAAAGAAAUGUCAUUUUUUUUUCCCAAGGGAAUGAAAAAUUAAGGAAAUGAAAACGAUUUAGAAACGAAAGGAAAGGAAAAAAGAUUAAGUAUAUAGAAAUAAUAAUAAAAAAAGAGAAUCUAGGAGUGCGCAGCAAACAUCUUAUUCUUAUCCAGCGCUCAAAAACUCCCAAAGUUCUAUAAUCGAGACGGAAUGAAAAAUGAAAAAUCGAAAAGAAUGGGAGAAAACGUAAAGCGCAUUCUGCUAUUAGAAUUUCAAGGUUGUCUUGUUACGUGAACAUGUCGAAUCGCCUAAGAAUAUGAAUUAUAAAAAAAACACCUGAGACUUCCUAGGUGACUUACGAUUGUACUUUUUCUUUUUCUUUGAACAUCGAGUUCUGGACCAACGAGUUACAGCCUCCAGCUUCAAGGAAUCCUUGUUGUCCGCAAAUCUCGCGUUUUCAUUGCAUUCUCUAUCAAAUGCAUUAUAAUUGCACGUGAGUUCGCAUAGGUGUCUAAAAAAAUUAUAACUCUGUUCGUGCAGCCAAAUGAUAACUGCUAUCGUGAAAAGGUAUAUAGGAGAGGAUAUUUUAAGGCGAGUAUAAGAAACACGUGGGAGCCGAAGAAGCAUACGGAGUGGUCACUAUGCUAUUAUAAAUAUGUAAAAACAAAGAAAAAAUUACAAAAACAAAGCUAAGGCAAGAAUAUACAAAAACACAUCCAAGUAUGCUCGCGACAAAACAAAGAAAAAAAUAACACUCACUGGAUCCAAGAAUUAUUGCAGAGGAAGAAUAAAUAAAAUGGUAUAUAUUUUUAAGAAA